AUGUCCGCCUCUAUCAACACUAGCACGGGCCAACAUGCCGUUGACCCAUACACAAACCAGAACAGCGAGGAUCCUCCUCUGCCGCAAAAGAUCGAAGACCUAGCCGCGUUCAUCUCAGAAGUCAAGUUUGGCAUGCUCACCGCAAUGGAGCCAGAGAAUGAAUACUUGACUUCCCGGUGCAUGGCCUUGGCUGCACAGGAGCACGGCGGUAUCGACCUCAUUUUCCAUACAAACCUCUUCUCUGGCAAAAUUUUGGACCUCACCCUACACCCCAAAGAAACCAAUAUGUCUUUCCUAGACCCAAUCAGCGGUGCCUGGGCAAGCAUAUCGGGUAAAGCAAGUGUUAUCGCCGAUCCGGCCACAGUACAGAAGUACUAUACGCCAACACUAAAAGCUUGGCUAGGCGAUUUGGGUGACGGUGUGCACAAUGGUGAAGCCACAGACCCGCGAAUCGGGCUUAUCAAACUGGAGGCCGUACUUGCAACCCACGUUGUUGCACAAAAGGGAAUCAUUGGUAGGGCUGUGGAUACAGUUAAGGGAGCUGUAAAUGGGAGCGUUCCUCCUAUCAACUCUAUUCGGGAGAUUAGUGCCCAGGAAUUGGCUGAAUGGCGCCGAACACACCAGGCAUAG